UGUCCUGUAUAGAGCACAUAGCAGAAUUACGGCAGCAACAAAAUAAAACACUCGAACUCUAUAAAGAAUUAUACGACAGUUUUGUUGCUCCAAAGUCAGAAUCUUUCAGAAAUAAUGAUACCAGCGUAAUAGAUAGAAGUGUCAUUUUAGAUAAAGCAAAUGCUUCUAGAUAUAAAGCAACUGACUACCAAGAUGUCUCUGCUAUGGUAGAAGAAUCACAGCAAUCAUUGGAUUCAACAUGUGAUAUUCCUAGGAUGACUUCCCAGAACACGACUAUAUCAGAAAUGUGGAACAACUUCAGUGUAGAUAAAUAUGCUCCACGGGAGGAAAAACCUUCAGUCAAAUGCAGGUCUGCUCCACCAGUUAAGAAAAGCAAGCCUCGAAUACCUCGUGUUACAGUCCCUGAUCCCUUUUAUAUGACUCUAAGAGAGGAGUUGAAAAAACCUUCCAAAACUAAAGCACAAGAGGAAGCUGAGCUAAAGCGAAUCCAAAAAGAGCUGGAAGAAGAGACAGAAUGUAAGAAACAGUUCAAAGCAUCUCCUCUUCCUCUCUCAACAUUCCAAAGCAGGCUGAAACACAUUGAGGAAAAACAGGAAGCUCGGCGCAAUAACGUUAAAGCGCAGAGUAAAGUGCUAACAAAAGCACUACAAAAACCUUUCUCUUUUGAUCAACGCACCAAACUGAGGAGGAGCCGGUCUCUGUCUGCUCUGGAUACUGAAGUAAAAAAGAGGAAGAAUGUUAAGUUCCAUGCUAGACCCAUGCCUCAUCACAUUUUUGAUCCGCUUGUGGAUGAGAAAGCUAAAGAGGAAGAAGCUUACAGACUGAUAAAGAUGAAGAUGAGAGCGGAACAGUUGCUGGCUGAAAGUGAUCUGCCUCGAAACAUGAAACGUCACGCAAUUCAUUACACGGAUGGUAAGAUCCGGAGGUUAAUGAGAGAGGAAAACGAAACAAGGGCUCACCUAACUGAGGAACAUACAUUUACACCAGCUAUUAAAGAUUAUGUCCCUGACUACAGCUUACUGCACAAGCAACAGGAAGCAGAAAUCCUGGAGCGUCAGUCAGCAAAACCCACUACAGUCAUAGAACCGUUUAAUCUGCGAACGGAGCAACUCGCACAAUUCAGACAGCAGAAUCCUAAAACACCACCACCACAAUGCGAGUCUCCUACUUUUAGAACCAAAUCUCGUUCUCCGUGUUUGUACACAGGUGUUUACGAUGAAGUGGUACUAGCGAGGCCAACUGUUGGCAGCAAUCUUAGAGAUUCUGCCACCAGACAAAAAAUAUUGCAGGAGAAGAAGAAAGCCCAGGUUGACUACGAGCAAGAUUUAUCGAACAAAGUAAAGCAGAUUCAGAUUAGGAAAAGUAUCGCAGAAAAAAGUAAGGCUCUGGAUCCAUCUCAUUCAGUUAAAGCAGCUACUCAGCAAAAGUUGAAAGAAAAGAUUGCCCAGCAAAAGCAGAGAGAGUUGGAAUACAAGGAAAAGUUGGACGAAAUGAAAGAUAAAUUAAAAGAUCGACCUUACCUGUUUGAAAGAAUUUCCAUGGAGACUGCAAGACUUAGCGCCGAUAAAGCUUUUAGAAAGGCGUUACAAAAUGCUGGACUGGACACAUCUCUGAUUGAGGACAUUUCGAACUAUGAAGAAGACAGCUUAAUGUAAUGACCUAUGUGGAAAUAAUAUUAUUGCGUAUUUUAUGUGGAUGUUGCUGUAUUUGAUGACGGAAACUUUAAGCUGUUGACAUUAAUGACGUUUUUUCGAUGUAUAUUAUGUUUCGGAUUUUUUAUCGCUAUAUUUAAUGAAGCGCCACGUAAUCAUUAAUGUUCGUGUAAUCGUGCCCUUAACUUUAUGGGCCAGACUGAAUACGGGGGCAUUCGACUGAAAUUUUGAAGGGCCGGUGACUGUAGGGCAGCCAUGAACAUUUUAAAAUUUGUUAUAAAAAGUCUCCAUAUUUCGCAUAAAAUUUCUGUCCAAAUUUAUUCAUAAUUUGAAUCAACCAU